UGUUUGACACGUGUGCCAUAUUAGCACGUGUGCCGAUAAACGAGGGAAAUUCCUGUUUACGGAUUUUCGCAACCUUCCGGGUCCUUUCUCAAUUCCAAAUACAGUUCUCCUUUGGUGGGUGGCCGCCCAAAAAAACGAACAUAUACCAAAAUUCGAUCGGUCUCUGCUUCGAUUUGUGAGAGAAUGCAUAACAACAUGAUGAUGGAUCCGGAGAUGAUAAGGUUAGCGCAGGAACAGAUGAGUAAGAUCUCUCCAAGCGAUUUGGCCAAGCUUCAACAGCAGAUGAUGUCCAAUCCUGAGCUGAUAAGAUUAGCCACAGAGAGCAUGAAGAACAUGAGGCCUGAAGACAUGAGAAAUGCAGCAGAACAGCUAAAGAAUGCACGGCCUGAGGAUAUGGCUGAGAUUACUGAAAAGAUGGCCAAAGCCACACCUGAAGAGAUUGCAGCUAUGCGUGCCCAUGCAGAUGCCCAAGCCUCUUAUGAAUUUAACGCAGCUCAGAUGCUCAAGAAAGAGGGUAAUGAUCUUCAUGGCCAAGGAAAGUAUAGUGAUGCAGCACUGAAAUAUCUGCAUGCGAAGAACAACCUAAAGAGUGUGCCCGUCGCCAAAGGAAGAGCACUCCAAUUGGCUUGUUCUCUUAAUUUAAUGUCAUGCUACUUGAAAACAAUGCAGUAUGAGGACUGCAUAAAGGAAGGUUCAGAGGUCUUGCAGUAUGAUGCUGAGAAUGUCAAAGCUCUUUAUCGCAGAGGCCAAGCAUAUAAAGCACUGGGGAAGUUAAAAGCUGCCGUCUCUGAUUUGAGUAAUGCACACAAAAUUUCCCCUGAUGAUGAAACCAUUGCAGAUGUCUUAAGAGAUGCUAAAGAAAAGUUGUCAGAAGAAGGUGAAUCUCAGCAUGUGUCUCGAGGAGUAAUUAUUGAAGAAAUAACGGAAGAAGAGAUCUGCCCCACACCAUCUGAAUUUGAUAAUAGUUCAUCUGCCACGGAAUAUUCUGUAAUGCAACUGCAGGAAGCUGGAGAAUCCCCCCAGGGUCAAGGUGGGUCUAAUAUUCGAGUUCCUACUACUGAUGCCGAGUGCUUGCAGGGAUUGAAAGACAACCCAGAAGCCAUCAGGUCAUUCCAGAAUUUCCUGUCAAAUGCCGAUCCCAAUGCUUUUGCUGCUCUGGGUGCUGGAGGAAUGCCACCUGAGAUGGUCAAGACUGCCUCAGGCAUGAUCAGUAAGAUGUCGCCAGAAGAGCUUCAGAAAAUGCUCGAAAUGGCUUCUUCUCUGAAUGGGAAAGGCUCUCUUUUCCCGACGGCAACAGCAGAUACUAGUGGCCGUGGAUCAGCGGCUGGAUUGCAGCCGCCUCCUGGAAUGUCGCCUGACAUGGUUAAGACUGCAUCUGAUAUGAUUAGCAAGAUGUCCCCACAGGAGCUUCAGAAGAUGUUUGAGGUUGCCGCGUCUUUGAAGGGGAAGGAUGGGCCCUUUCCAAUGGCAGCAUCAGAUGCUAACAGUGACAGAUCAAAGAUGCCUCAAUCUGCAGGAACUGCAGGAGUUUCUGCUGCUGGUGAGAGUUCCAGUGGGGAUGAGAAUAUUUCUCGUGGGUUAUUUGAAAAUUCAAGAACGGGGCGGUCUUCAUCAAACCUUCCUUCUUCUGGAGCUGAUUUGCAAGAUCAAAUGAGAAAUCAAAUGAAAGAUCCAGCAAUGCGUCAGAUGUUUACAUCUAUGAUUCAGAACAUGAAUCCGGACAUGAUGGCAAGCAUGAGCGAACAAUUUGGAGUCAAGCUUUCGCGGGAGGAAGCGGCGAAAGCCCAACAAGCCAUGUCUUCGAUGUCGCCUGAGGACUUAGAUAGAAUGAUGCGGUGGGCUGACAGGAUACAGAAAACAGCUGAAGGUGCAAGAAAGACGAAGAAUUGGCUCUUGGGUAGGCCCGGCAUGAUACUUGCAAUAUGCAUGCUCAUUUUAGCCAUAGUCCUUCACCGGCUCGGCUACAUUGGUGGCUAGACUCUGUGGACCGCUCUUGUUCUUUCUCACGGGCAUGUAUGAACCCUCCAAACAAAUCUGAUCCCUUGGCAGUGAAAAGUAGCAGGUCAUGAUCGGUCUCUUGAUUUUAACAGUGUUGGCAGCACACCCAGAAUCGUAUGAACUGCGUUUUCUUCCAUUUGGAUUGUUACAUAUGAGUUUAAGAUGACGGGAGACUGAAAUUAAUGCCUCAUGGAAGUGGGAAGGGUAGAGAAGGGGUGAAGAUGCCUAAUUUGUGUGCUUUAUUUUGUUAUUCCGUUUUUUUUUUCCCCUUUUCUUUUCUUUUUUCAAUUGAACUGAUUCUAUUAUUUUGUUACAAUUGAGAUGGAGAAAAACAAGGAAUGCUAAAAACUAAGGCAUUGCAAUUUCCAUUGAA